AUGUCGAGGCAAUCGUUGGCGUGCGCAUCUGGUCGUGUCUGUGUUUCAGUGUUACUCCUAAUCUCCUCCUGCGACUCGUUGAAGUGCCGCACAGACGAUGGUCCCUCUGAGUCUGAGUUAAAACGUAUUACGCGCAGUUGUAUGCGCAAGAUCGGCGAAAAAAUGUAUCCCAACAAUGGAGGAUCAACGGGUUUCUACAACAAUAAUAACAACAACAACAACAACAAGCACUAUGGACCCUUGCAUCAAUCGAAUUUUGGUACGCAGUACAAAAGUAAUUCGCGUUACGACUAUAAUUAUGAUUACGAUGAUGACGAUAAUUAUAAUGGCAAUAACAAUAAUAAUUACAACAACAACAAUAAUAAUAACAACAACUAUAAUAACAAUGGAAAUUAUGAUCGCGAUCAUGGCAAUCGGAAUCGUGAACGCCAACAAAAUAAUCAAAAUAAUCGCGCCGACAACAACAACAAUAGAUCUGCAUCAUCGUCUUCCUCAUCCACAGGCAAAAAUAAUGGCGGCCGCUAUGAGCAUGGUAAUAGUAAUGGCAAUAGCCAUGCUAAUGGUGGCGGAGGCGGCGGAAAUGGUGGCGGCAAUGGCAACUCUAACAAUGGUGGUCGCAAUUCUGGCAGCAGUGGUAGUGGUGGUGGUGGUGGUGGCGGCAACAGUCAAAGAGGUCAAUCGCAGAAUAAUUUCAAUAAAAACAACAACAACCAUAAUCAAGGUUCCAACAACGACACCGCAGAUGCUGCCUGUGUGGUGCAUUGUUUCUUCGAAGAAAUGAACAUGCUUAAUUCGGACGACUAUCCGGAUCGCUAUAAGGUACAAUAUGGUCUCACACGUGAGUUGCGCGAUCGCGAGCUACGCAAUUUUUAUACAGACACCAUACAGGACUGCUUUCAUUAUCUGGAAUCACAGCGUCGACGUGACAAGUGUCACUACUCGCGUGAUCUCGUACACUGCAUGAGUGAAUAUGCGAAGGUGAAUUGUGAUGAUUGGCAGGAAUUCAGCGUGGUUUUCAAUUGA